GAUUGUGAAUUACAGAUUAUCUUUUUUCGUAUUAUAGUCAAAAUCAAAGAAAAUUAUAUUAUAACCACAAUAUUCCUAAUCAAUAGUAAUUGUAAGCUUUUCUAAAAUAGCAAUUUUUUUGGGGAGAAACAAAAAGUAAAAAAUAAAAUUUCAUGAGUUGACAAACAAGAGUUGUAACUUGCUAUAAAGUGCUACACCAUGGGUUGUAACAACAGGGAGAGGUCAUUUAAAUACAACCACUCAUAUCGACAAAUGCCUAGAGUAUUCAACUCGAUUGUCCAAUGAAAGAGCUUUAUUUUCAAUUGACCAAUAAGCAGUGCGUUUUAUUUCAUGCAUGAAACAAAAUAAACCUAUUGUGUCCGAUUGAUUACAUCCAUAGUAUAACACAUUGGAUUUGUCAUGAGCUUUUACACUGAAAUUCUUGUGUAUAAAGAUAUAAUUAAUACAGAAAAAUUAAUUUUAAUUUAGCAAUAAAAUAUGAGUUUUACGACAGAGGUGACAAAUAGCGAUGCGCAUUAUGACACAACAAGUUUUUAUAUCGGUUUAGGACUAGCGAUUAGUUCUAGUGGAUUUAUAGGUGCUAGUUUUAUCAUAAAAAAAAUAGCCUUAAUCCGACUUCAGAGAUAUGGUGGAAUACGUGCGUCUUCUGGAGGUUUUGGCUAUUUAAAAGAAUGGAUAUGGUGGGCUGGUCUUUUAUCUAUGGGAAUAGGAGAAACGGCAAAUUUUAUUGCAUAUGCAUUUGCGCCUGCAUCACUUGUAACACCAUUGGGUGCAUUGAGUGUUCUAGUAUCAGCAGUAUUAGCUUCCAAAUAUUUAAAUGAAAAAUUAAAUCUAUUGGGAAAGAUGGGUUGCUUAUUAUGCGUCUUAGGUUCCACUAUAAUAGUAUUACAUUCUCCCAAAGAGGAAACAGUUAGUAGCUUAAGUGAUCUCAUUAUUAAAAUAAAACAACCAGGUUACAUAUCGUAUGUUUUAAUUGUAAUAAUCUGUACUUUGUUGAUUAUAUUUUAUUUCGGUCCAAUGUAUGGCAAACAAAAUAUUUUAGUAUAUAUAUGUUUGUGUUCCUCUGUGGGUUCUUUAACUGUUAUGAGUUGUAAAGGUCUAGGCUUAGCUUUAAAAGAGACUAUCUCUGGUAAAGAGAAUGCAUUCGUCAGUUGGUUGACAUGGGUCUUCAUAUUUAGUAUUAUUCUUUGCAUCAUGGUACAAAUGAAUUAUCUGAACAAAUCACUUGAUUUGUUUGACACAUCUAUUGUGACACCAAUUUAUUACGUUUUCUUUACAACUUUGGUGAUAAUUGCAUCUGCAAUCCUAUUCAGAGAAUGGGAAAAAAUGAGUGUGGAGAAUAUUUUGGGAGCCUCUUGUGGUUUUCUCAUAGUUAUAAUUGCAAUAUUCUUAUUGAAUGCGUUUAAAGAAAUAGACAUAUAUUAUGGUAAUAUUAAGCACAUAUUAAAACCGAAAAGGGAGAUGCUUUCAAAUUAUCAUUCAAGAUGGGGUGAUCAAGAAAGAGUAACAACUAGAUUAGAGUCUCAACAUUUGCUAAAUCAUACUUAUGUCAAUUCAAAUCUCACAAGAACUGUCUAAGAUUAUUUUUAUAAAAAUAUGUAUGACAAACAAAUUGCGUUUUAACAUUUUGUGUAAUUAUAAUAUUAUUGUAUAUAAUAAUUUUAAAGAAAAAUUAUAUUUAUUUUAUCUUAUAUUAUUA